UUUGUGUUCAGAAAUGCAUAGAUUUAACGAGAGAAUGCCAUUUCUUUCAAAUUGCGUGUGAAUGCUGAAGAGCUGACAAUGAACUGAAAAGCUGUGGAAAUAUGGGAAUCUGUGAUAAAUAGUCUGUGUGUAGCCUGAAUGAGUGAAAGAGUAUGAAGUUGUAAUGCCUCGAAUCGGUAAAGAAAUGUGGAAGUUAGUGGUAAAUAUGUAAAAUCUCGCAAAUUUCUUUGUAAAAAGUGGAAUUUUGGGAAUGUGGAAAACAGUUCCUCGCUGAACGCUUUGAAUUUGGGAUGGGAAAGAUGGAGAAAUUGUCACUGAUGGUCUAGUGGUACACUCGCCUGACUUUGGGAGCGUGGGUUCAGUUCCCACUCAGUGACGGUGUGGGUGUGAGUGCGAAUGGUUGUCCGUGUCUAUAUGUGCCCUGUGACUGACUGUCGACCAGUUCAGGGUGUAGUCCGCCUUUCGCCCAAAAGCCAGCUGGGAUAGGCUCCAGCGCCCCGCGACCCUGACCAGGAUAAGCGGUGUUGGAAAUGGAUGGAUGGAAGAUGGUGAAAUGUUUGUCUUACUCACUUUGUUUUUUUCUUGUUUGGAAAAUGUGGAAUUGUGGGAAAGCAAUGUCCAACUUGCUCUGAAUGAGGUCAAUAUUUUUAAAUUGGAAUAGUUUGAAUUGGUGGAGAAAUGUGGAAGGAGUAGAACAUUAGAAAGUUUUUGGGUGUAGACCUAGAGAAUGUAAUUUCUGUAGAACUGUAUGAAUGCUCAAAUGUGGAAUUAAUGUUAAAACAUAGAAUGUGAGAUUUGGGAUGGUUUGAAUCAGUCGAUAAAUGUGGGUGGAGGAUGUAAAUAUGUGAAAUAUGUCAUAAUUUGGGAAUUUUAUGGUGAAAAGUGGAAUUUGGUGUGUGUGGAGAUUACUUUAGCUCCAAAUAUGCCUAACAAUUAAUUUGGAGUGAGAAAGACUGAGAACUUCACUGGAAUGUCUUUUUGUGUGUGUAAAAUGUGAAAUUGUGGGAAAAGUCGUUAUUUUUUGGGAAUGGGGAAAGCAAAGUGAAUAUUAUGAAUUGGAAUUGGCCGCUGGCCGUUAGGACCCAGUACACCCCCAGGCAGGGCCACAAGGUCGCCGACUUCCAGGACCGUCCAUUUUGGAGAACAUUUCAGACUUCUAAGUGCACCUUAUGGUCGUGAAAAUACGAGGUAAUAGUAGAGUUAGUAGUAGAGGGCUCCGAGAUGGCCGCGACGACGGCACUACCCCCAGUGAAGAGCGUGGUGGUGUACAGGAACGGUGAUCCCUUCUUUAACGGCCGACGGUUCGUGAUCAACCAGCGCCAAGUAUCCACCAUGGAGGCCUUCCUCAAUGAGGUGACCCACAAUAUCGGGGCCCCGCUGGCCGUUAGGACCCUGUACACCCCCAGGCAGGGCCACAAGGUCGCCGACCUCCAGGACUUGCGGACGGGGGCCCAGUAUGUCGCCGCGGGUUUUGAGAAGUUCAAGAAACUGGAUUACGUCAACACGGGGGUGAAAAAGCAGCCAGGAGCACGUGAAGACACUCAGGCAAAAACAAUCCAGAGGCCCAACGUGUCAGCCAAAUGGAGGAAGUUUGUUCCAGUGCCCUGUAUUAUACACGUUUUCCGCAAUGGGGACCUCCUGUGCCCUCCGUUCCGAUUCAUCAUUCCUCGCAGCUUGCAGCGGGACCUGGAGCAGAUCCUCAGCCUGGUCACCGAGAAGGUCAGCUUACGGACUGGCGCUGUGCGGAGGUUGUGUUCUGUAGAGGGGGUCACGGUCACCUCGGCAGGGGAGUUGGAGACCGGACGCUGCUAUGUUGCCGUGGGAACUGAGAGGUUCAAAAGGCUUCCGUACGUGGAGCUGCUGGUCUCUAAAGCUACAGAGAGAUAUCACCCGGGAAAGAGACGAACACUGAGGCGAAACCAGAACAGGAAGGAAGGAAGCGGUCCAGAAGACCAAUGUAGUGACUCCGCUCUGCUUAACUCUCCAGAGUCAAACGGGCGGAGGGUGAAGUCGACGGGUCAUGAAGCUGCUCCCCCACAGGAGCGGCAGACGACAGGCCUGAACACAGACCCAAGAGCGAACGACACCUCUGUAUUCUUCGCCAAGCCCAUCAGGAUUUAUAAAGCCAGAGGAACUCCGAGACCUCCCCACAGCAUCGGACCCGUCUAUCGCAGCUUCUUCAAGCCGGGAGCACGAAGGAGGAGGAGAGAGGAGGUCAGAGGAGCCGAGGAGGUGCAGGAGGACGAGAAUACUGCCACAGAACUUCCUGUUGAUCAGAGGGUAGCAGAAAUAGUGCAGGAUGAGGAGCUGAACAACACAUAUGAUGGUCUGCAUGGCACACUGAAGUUGCCGCUGUCUGAGCAAGAUGAAGCAGAAAAGACGACGAUAAUACAAAGCACAGAAGAGGAGUUUAACACUGAAAAUCUGGAGCCUGUGCUCAACAAGAUGACUUUGAACACUCCCAAUUCUCAUAGAGAAAUUCAGGGAAAUACUUUGGACCAUCAAGAGGAAAAGAAGGCUCCAAAAGGAGCACAGAACCACCACCAGGGAGAAGGCCUAAUCGAAGAACCAUCGUAACCACUCUGAGGAGAUUAUAUAUAUGUCAUAUAUUCUUGCUUUCAUAAAGGAAAAUUUACAUUAAAAAAGUAUAACAAAUGCUUCCGGAAGUGUACAUAUCUUAGUUUAUGCAAUGAAAUAAUUUCCUGAAAGUCUGAAUGGAAAAAAAAGGAAUUAAAAGUAUUUGAUUAAAAUUG